AUGCAGCGUCGGGACAAAAGGUCGGCUAGAUGAACUGCCAUAGCCACUACUUCUAGAGGCUGAUUUUCAUGCUCAGGGCUACUGUAGUGAAAUAUAUUUGCUCUUACCUGACAUGAAUAUAGUAGUCUUCAUCUGAACGCUGUUUAAGAGACCACAUGUGGCUGUAUCUCUAGCAUAGGACCUUAUGGAAAGUCAGUUGGUUUGACUGAUGGGAGUACAACUUGUGAUAGUGACUUACGUGUCUGAUAAUUUGGCUAGAACAAAUUCCCUUCUGUCUUAUUGUAAUGCUUCAUUUUUCUGAUAGCAGACUGUUUUCUUCAAGCUAUGAGGCUUUAUCUUCUGCUUUUAGUAAUAAUAGUUUCUCCCAUUAGGGCUGCCUGCAAGCUUGCUGUAAAGUAUCUCUAGCUUUAGUAUAAGAGUGGAUAUGGGGAACGUGCCUAGUUACGUCUAGACACAGGUUAGCCCUCUCUGGGGAGAAGCCGAGACAGAUGUUUGUGUAUAGCUUACAAGGAAUAUCUCAUGGAGGAAAAUGGUGUCUUCAAACAAGCAAUCUUGGAAGGGGACAGAAAUCAAACGCAUUAUGUUCUGUGCUUUCAGACCAAAGGCUAAGUCUUGAAAACAUGAUUCCUGCAACUGUUCACACUGUCCUGAGUGCUCUAUAUUUAUGCUGCCACAGAAAGAACUGGUUACACUCGGAGGAGAAACGCAAGAAACACUAAGGACUGAAAUGCGCUUGCAGCUAAAGUAUCCUCAUCAUGAAUAGGUACACAACUAUAAGACAGCUUGGUGAUGGGACCUACGGCUCUGUUCUCCUAGGGAGAAGCAUUGAAUCUGGAGAGCUAAUAGCCAUUAAAAAAAUGAAGAGAAAGUUUUAUUCCUGGGAGGAAUGCAUGAACCUUCGAGAGGUUAAGUCUUUGAAGAAAUUAAACCAUGCCAAUGUCGUAAAGCUGAAAGAAGUUAUUAGGGAAAAUGAUCAUCUGUAUUUUGUGUUUGAAUACAUGAAGGAAAAUCUUUAUCAGUUAAUGAAAGAAAGAAACAAACUGUUUCCUGAGUCUACAGUUAGGAAUAUUAUGUAUCAGAUCCUGCAAGGACUUGCAUUUAUCCAUAAGAAUGGGUUCUUUCAUAGAGACUUGAAACCUGAAAACCUCCUUUGUAUGGGACCAGAACUUGUGAAAAUAGCAGACUUUGGCUUAGCCCGAGAAAUCCGAUCUAGACCUCCUUACACCGAUUAUGUAUCCACAAGAUGGUACAGGGCUCCUGAAGUCCUUCUGAGAUCCACCAGCUAUAGUUCUCCAAUAGACAUUUGGGCUGUUGGUUGUAUAAUGGCAGAAGUUUACACACUGAGGCCUCUCUUCCCAGGCGCCAGUGAGAUUGAUACUAUAUUCAAAAUUUGUCAAGUCCUGGGAACACCAAAGAAGAACGACUGGCCUGAAGGCUACCAACUUUCAGCCUCCAUGAAUUUUCGCUGGCCUCAGUGUGUACCUAACAACUUAAAAACCCUCAUACCUAAUGCUAGCAGUGAAGCAGUGCAGCUCAUGAGAGACAUGCUGCAGUGGGACCCCAAAAAACGACCAACAGCUAGUCAGGCACUUCGAUAUCCGUAUUUCCAGGUUGGGCAUGCCCUGGGUGUUCAGGAACUGGUGAGGCAAAAGGAACUGCAUAAUAAAUCGUCUCUGCAUAUUAAGCCUGUUCCUCCAGCACAACCCCCUCCGAAACCUCAUGCCCGCAUUUCGUCAAGGACUUUUCAACAAAAUCAGUCUUCUCAGCCCUUGGUGUACCCAUAUAAGACAGACAACUCUGGGACUGAGCACAGUAACUACUUACAGGAGGACAAGUCUAACCAGGUUCUUCUGCCUGCAAUUCACAAUAAGAUUCCUCAGCAGAAAACAUCUGCUGGGACUGAGAAUAUAAAUGGUGAACUAAAACCAAAACCUAGGCGAAGAUGGGGACAUCUUGCUAAAACAGUGAAGAGUUCUGAAGACUGGGAUGACUUGGAAGACCUUGAUUUCAGCUCUUCCAUCAUGAGGAUGGACUUGAAAACCAAAAAGAGGCAGACUGAUGAAACUCUUUGUAGAUUUGAAAGCAUUUUGGACCUGAAGCCUUCGGAUGCUGUAGGCUCUGGCAGUAGUGCACCUUCCCAUGCAACCUUUCCACGACAGGACACUCCCACAUUGAGAGUUUCUGCAGCAAAGCAACACUACUUGAGACAUUCUAGGUAUCUACCUGGAAUAAGCACAAGAAAUAGCAUAGUCUCCACUUCAAACAAAGAGUCUGUUCCAUCUAACUCCUGGCCCAGUUCUGGUUUGCCUGGGAAAGCUUCCAGUUUGGGAGGAAGUAUUAACAGGAUGAAUACAGGGCCCAUAGGAUCAAGUGGUCUAAGUAGUGGUUAUAUCCCUUCAUUUCUGAAGAAGGAAGUAGGCUCUGCUGGGCAGAGGGUUCAGUUAGCACCAGUUGUGGAUCCAUCUUCUAAUUAUGCUUCUCUGAAAUCAGUAAGACCCCAUCUUGGACGGCCAUCAUUCAAUUCACCUACAAAAAGCACACCAAGAUUAAUGCCUCUCCCACCACCAGCUCAGCCGAUCCACGGGCGUGUUGACUGGUUGGCAAAGUAUGGUGCUCACCGGUGACGUGUGGAAAUGCUCUCUGAACCAGUGGAUGUGUCCCCUGAAAUGGUGGCUAACAUGAGACAAUUUGGUACUGUUUUCUAUACCUGUAAAUUUAAAAGAAACAGAUCUUCUAUGAACGAGACCUUUUUUUACUUUUAUUUGUAUUAAUUUGAAUGCAAUCUUGUACCUUUUUGUAUAAAAUUGUUUUGUUAUAUAAUUGGGUCCAGUUAUUUUCAUAAAUCUGAUACAUUUUGUAUAUAUGGCUUCAGGGGUUUGGCAUUUUUAUAUGAUAAAUUUUUUAUAAUUUUUUAAAAUUUAACUUUUCCUUUAUUAGAUUCAACUUUUUUAUAGAAGUGGUUUUAAAAAAGCAAAGUGGUGCAAUAUUGCAAUGGAAGAGUGGAAGAGUUACUGAGGAAGGGGCAUUCAUUAGACAUUUUCUGAAGUUUAUGUGCCAAAUGAGGCUGUAUAAUUUCAUCGAUGCCAUGUCUUGAUGCCAUGCUUCUGUUGUCCUGUUUGCUUUGUACUGACAUCAAAGGGAUUAGUGACUAACAGUCUAAACUCUCCUGUGCAGUCACUGAGAGCCUGCUGAAAGUCAGGAAAGUGGAAGGCUAUUUUUUUUUAAGUUUAUUUUGCCUUUAAAAGGUUUUUGUUGGACUGCUUUCCAGCUCCAUUCUUUUGCUUUUACCAAAUUGGGGGAAUCUUCUUGUUUAGUACAGGGUGAAUACUAUUCUGCAGAUCUGUUUUCUGACACAGCACUCUUGUCCUACUUUAAAGUUGCUUCUUGUAGUUGUUUACUAUGAAAUAGAAUGUGGACCUACCUCUGUUAAAUUCAUUUAUAUGUUCUAAUGAUUUCUAAGGACAAAAAUCAGAUUCUGUUAAUUCUUCUUUUGUUGUUGGGAAUAUAAGAUGUGAAGACAUAUUUAAGACAGUAUUAACAAUUACAAAGCUGGUUUCAAAGAAACAAACUAUUAGUGAUAUGCCAGCAACAGAGUUUAAGGAAACAAUAUCUAUGCAGCUGACUUAAUUUUCACAACUGUUUUAAAUCACAUUUGGAAAAAAAAAUCCAGAGGAGAUACGUUAAGGUUGAAUCUUACUUCAGUUGUUCUUCGCUUCAAUAUUCUUCACGUUGUAGGUGAAGAUGUAUGUCAGUUCUGUAAAUUAGGCCCCCGGGCUCUACUGGACAAAAUGGGACCUUACGUGGUCCUGCAAAAAAGUGUUCUAAAAUUGUAGUUGAUUUCACAGAAACUGAUACAGCUCUUUGAAGAGCAGUUUAACUCAGUUUAUAAGAGAAAAUAAGUUAUCAGGUUAUAGAAAAGAGAAAAUAGCCCCAUAGUCUAGUUUAAUUCUGCACUGGAAAGGAGUGCCUGAGUCCAGCCAUCAGCAAAAGAUUCAUUUAGAUCACAGCCAGCAUUUGGCUGUUCCUGCACUUCCUUCCACAGAAGGAAGAUAAAACAGUACAGUGCUGUGGGAGAACCUCUUUUUAUAGUUGCAUUUUGGAACAGCACCAUCAAAGUUGUGUGCUGUGAAAAUGUAUCUUUCUGCAGGACGGUACAGAAAUGCUCAGUUUAUAAGCAGAUCUGGCAAAUCAUGCAUUUGUGAGAUUUAAAUCCAGUCUAAAGGGAUCAGAGCAGGUAUAGUUCUCGGCAUCUGGCUAUUUCGAAGGGGCGGG